AUGGACCCCGCAGACUUCGAUCUACAGGAGCGCAAUGCGGUAAUGGAAUAUUACCGAACUGAAAAGAUGAGGUGGAAGGCCUGGCUCGCCCCGGAGCGCAAGUCUGAGUUUAUUGGCACUCGCCUGGCCCUGGGCAGGCCGGCUAGCUGGCAAAGGUCCCAGCAACGUCGCGCUCCACCUCAGCCUCGAGCCCAAGCCUCACCAUGGCAGCUGAUCGCUCCGCCAGCUGCAACCCCUCCGCCUGUUCUGAAGGCGAUCACAGUGGGCGGCUACUUCUCUUCGCCAGUCUCAUCUCCACGUCGCUGCCGCUGGGAGCGCGGUCGGCCUCCAGUCUCGUCUCCACAUCGCCACCGCCGCUGGGAUUGCGAAAAACCUUGCUCGUCAUAUAAACAGUUCCUGGAAUACCGAAGCUCGAAGUCCAAAGAGCGUCAGUCUUUUAACUACGGGCCUAGAGGAAGACACCGGGCUAAAGAACAAAAACACGUCCAGAGAUGCACUGGGACAUCAAGCUACAAUUCAGCCAGGACAGCUGUUAGGGAGGAUGAAUACUUCCUGGCAGGACAGAUGAUUGCAGUUUCAGUUGUACAUGGAGGUCCGGGACCCCAUUUCCUGUCAGAAGAUCUUGUACAGUAUCUUGCUGGCCAGCCUUCAUUCAAACCAACAGUUAAUUUAAUAACUGAUGAAGAAAUAGGGAAAGCUUUGCGAGAGAUUGAGAAUGCUGCUACAUUGGAUGCUCUACAAGAAUGUAUCAUGAGACACAGCACAAUGUUGCAGACAGCAGGCUGUCUUAGACAUGUGGCUGCUGUGGACGAAAAGACAGAAAUUGUGGCCAACUACCUCCAGUGGUAUAUUUUUGACCGCAACUCAUCUGUAAUUGACAGAUUCAAAGAUGGUCUUUCAGCUCUUCAGUUCCUGACUGCACUACAGCAACACCCUACUUUGCUGACCCCUGUCCUGUGCCACUGUGAAAAGCGACUGACUGCCUUUGAGCUUGAGAGACUCUUCAAACCUCAACUCAGCCCUUCAGGGAGUAAUAGGAGACUGAAAGAAAGCCAAACCUUGGCCUGCUGGGCAGACUAUCUCCUUGAUUGUGAAGGUUUGUAAGGUUUUAUUUGUACCUACUUGGAAAACCACGUUAGCCUG